CAAACAAACAGCCGAUGUCUUUUCGGUUGUUAAACAAAUCUCGCUUGCCGUUGAUUACCAAAUUAUCGACCAAACAUAGUCAGCUCACCAACUGUCGAGAGCAGGUGUUCCAUCAGGACACACGUAUGGCGAAAUUUGCGGACUAAAACACACACCUCUCAGAUUCGUAUUCAAGGAAAGUGAGCGAUUUGUGGUCAGCGGAAACCAUUCGAAUGAAGCAUAAGGAAAAAUGGACGAUCGAACCAUAGACUCGAUUUUUGCAGGCUCUUUGGAGUCCCUGCCACCAGUUAGCUCCAAAAUUGUGCGCAUAUUCACUAGCUCAACAUUCACAGAUACCACCAUGGAGAGAAAUUCACUGAUGGCAAAGUGCUAUCCACGCAUUAAGGACUAUUGCCGCGAGAAGCAUGGCUUAGAGUUUCAGGUGGUGGAUAUGCGAUGGGGUGUGCGUGACGAGGCCACAGAUGAUCACAUGACCACAGAGCUUUGCAUGCGUGAAAUCAAAAAUUGUCAACGUCUGUCCAUGGGACCCAACUUUGUGGUGUUUCUAGGACAAAAGUAUGGCUAUCGGCCCAUACCCACAUACAUUUUAUCUGCCGAGCUGCAGUUGAUAUGUGAAGAAUUGACAUCGAUGGGCGUGGACCGAGCCCUGCUGGACUUAUGGUAUAAGAAGGACAGUAAUGCGGUGCCCCCGAUUUCUGUGCUGCAGCCCAUCUCAUCGAUUCUCAUCAACUUUAACAACAAAAGAGUGCCGAAACUGCAAGCAGAAGAUCAAGCAGUUUGGUGGGACACCUUGGGCAAAAUGCAAAAGUUAUUGCGCAAGGCUUCUGCCUCUCUGGGUGCAAGUGGUAAAAUGGACAAGGAUGCUGUGCACAACUAUUUUAUGUCAGUGACGGAACGUGAAGUCAUCAACGGCGUUCUUAAUGUGAAGAACACCAAAGAUCAUUGUCUGGCUUAUGUGCGCUACAUAAACAACAUCAAUUUGCAAAAUCUGAAAAAAGCGUCACUCUUUGUGGACAUCAUCAAUCGUAGCUUGGACACGGAAUCGGCCAAGUUGCUGGGCGACUUGAGGGACAAUCGUUUGCCGACCAAGAUUGAGUCGAGCAACAUGCAAAAGUACACGGUUGAGUGGAUAGGUCGCGAGGGUCUCGACAUCGAGACGCACGAAGAGUAUCUGAACCACUUCAUAUCGCACUUCUAUAAGAACAUCGUUAAGUUAGUCGACCGCGCGAUGCGCAAGGAAGACUCCAGCGCACAGGGACAGAUAGUCACUGAAAUCCUUCAGCAUUUGCACGCUUGCAACAAUUCGGUGCGGGUUUUCUACGGACGCGAAGAAAGUCUAGAACAAGUAAAGCGUUAUAUGCUGGGGGAUUCAGAUAAACCACUUGUCCUUUAUGGCGAAGGAGGUUGCGGCAAGACCUCCCUUCUAGCUAAGAACGCAGCACUGGUAGCGGGCGAAUGGUUUGCGGACAAGAGGCCGAUCAAUGUGAUACGCUUUCUGGGCACCACACCCGAUUCGAGCGCCCUGACGCCCACCCUGAUAUCGAUAUGUCAACAGAUCUCCUAUAAUUACAUGCUACCCUUCGAGAACAUUCCGGACGAUUUAGUUCCUUUAACAGCACAUUUUAAGCAAUUACUAACUUAUGCAAAUCCGAAUCAGCCCCUGACCUUGUACCUGGAUUCGGUCGAUCAACUGACCGGCACACAAGACUCCAACAAUGUGUCGUGGAUACCGACGCGGCUACCGCCUCAUUGCAAGAUCAUCAUUUCAUGUGCCAAUGAGGAAAGCAACCCCAUAGUGUCUCGCGAAUACCACGUUCUGCGCAAAAUGAUCGAUGUGGAGGAGAAUUUCAUUGAGGUGACAGCCCUGGGCGAGGAUCUGGCAAUGAAUGUCAUCAAAAUGUGGAUGAGGACGGCAUGUCGCGAUCUGAACAAUUAUCAAUGGCGUUUGGUAGCCAAUGCGAUCAGCAAAUGCUCGCUGCCGAUUUUUGUUAAGUUGGUAUUCGCCGAAAUAUGUCGAUGGCGCAGCUACACCAGACCCCAGGAAACACACUUGGCGAACAAUGUCAUGGACUCCAUCAUGAUGUUGUUCGAGAGAAUCGAGAAACAGCACGGCCGCAUCUUGGUAUUCCACGCCCUGGCCUAUAUAACCGCUUCAAAGUCCGGCCUCUCGGAAAGUGAAUUGGAAGAUUUGAUAUCGCUGGACGAUAAGGUGCUCGACGAUGUCUAUCAGUAUCACUUGCCGCCGGUCCGUCGUAUUCCUCCUCUGCUGUGGACGCGUAUUCGCAAUGACUUGCCCAACUAUCUGAGCGAACGCGAAGCUGACGGGGUAAAUGUCAUGAACUGGUACCACAGGCAGUUCCGAGACACCGCCAAGGAGCGCUACUUCAAGAACAUGAAUAUGGCCAUGUAUUUUCAUUCCAUGAUUGCGGACUACUAUCUGGGUAUAUGGGGCGGGGGUGUUCCCAAGCCCUUCAAGUUCACGGAAAUUCAAAGACAUCGCUUCGGUCUGACCGAAAAGGAAGGUUCGGCCGACCGCAAAGUGCCCAUUCAACCGUUGGUCUUCACCAGCAAGGAUGGCAGCGCCAAAAGGUACAAUCUGCGCAAGUUUGGCGAGUUGCCGUUCCAUUUUGUGCGUUCACGCCGUUUCAAAGAUCUGUUCGAGCAUGUGCUCUUCAACUACGAAUGGCUGCACGCAAAGUUAUCCAGUUGUCCGCUUCAGGCAGUGUUGGCUGAUUUUGAGGAUGCCUCGUGUAACACGGACGACAAAGAGGCUAAGCGAGAGCUUAUGCUGGUGGCCGAUGCCCUGCGCUUGGGUGGUGCCAUAUUAGCCGUCUACCCGAACAUGUUGGCCCCACAGCUGACUGGUCGUCUUUUGCCAGAAAUCGGUGGCAAUGCCAACAUCAAAAUGUUGCUUAGGGCUUGUGAUCAUAGCGGGCCCAAAGAUUGUGCUCUUGUUCCCGUUAACCAUUGCCUGCAUACACCCGGAGGUCCCCUUAAGUAUUCCCUUGAAGGUCAUCAAUUUGCCGUCUUUGGUUUCACUCUGACAAGUGACAUGCGUUACAUGGUCUCCAUUUCCACACACUUCAUAACGUUCGAUCUGUCGACAUCGGACUUGACGCGCGAUGUUAAUCCCGGCAUUGAGGGAAUUAUGCAACAGUUGGUACUGAGUCCAGACAACAAAUGGGCAGCAGCUUACUCGAAUAACAACCAAACGGUGCUGUUGAACAUGCUUUCCAGUGAGUUUGUUGUCAUCGAUUCACCCUUUGAUGAACUGGACGGACCGCUUAGCAGCCUGUAUUUGAUAAAUCAAAGUCUGUUCAUUACGUGUAAAUUGAAAUGGGCUCAGUACGACAUGCGAGGAAAUUUGGUGGAUAUCUUUACGGUCAACGGUGAUUGCAGCGGAUGGGAGAUAUUGAACAUGGAGUUCACAACUCCAUCGGAUUACAAUGUGACAUUUUGGUCUGGUUCGAUAAAUGAGACGCGCAUACGCUUCGAUUCGUGCAGAAAUGGGGACUCCUAUACGCAGCCCAUGUUGUUCUUUAGUGCUUUGGUUCUGAACAAGCCCGGAGAUCGCCUUUAUAGUUGCGCUAAUGAGGAAAACUACGAAGUCAGUGCCUAUCGAUUUGUGGAUGAUGGUUCGUCCAUAGAGUGGGUGUUGGAGGAAAAGUUGCCAAGAUUUGAGAAUGAUGAAAAGGAGAUGCUGCUCCAGCUGCGAUUGGACCAAUACGACCGUAUGCUCCUGGGAACCGCUGGCAAGGGAUUCGUUCUCUGGGAUUUCGGCGAUGACGAGGGCAAUCGCCUCACCGAUCAGGCCAUGUAUUUGGCAUUGCCGCACGGCGUGCGAAAUAUCACCACCAAGAUAAUGCAAUCAAACUCCAUAAUGGUCAGUUCGAAGUUCGACUAUGCUGUGGCCGGGGUGCGUAAGAAUUUGUACGUUUGGUGUUUGCAAACGCUGCAGUUGGCCAAAGUGUUGGAUGCCCACUUUGGCCGUAUUAUCCAAUUGGAAGCUCUCACAGUGGGCAAUUGGAACAACGUGGUUACAUCGUCCAUCGAUAGGUCCGUCAAAGUGUGGAACAUCAAUAACAUUUUCGAAAAGGUCCAUGUAAUCGAGCGACACGAAUUGCAAAUCGAAGACAUAAGCCUCUCCGAAGUGGACCUGGCUGUGACAGUGACGCGUAGUUGUGUGGGCGUUUGGGAAACUAGGUCCGGCAGGCUCAUAACCAAACUGGCAGAUAGCCCUUUGGGUGCGAUUGUGACGCAUGCGGAAAUUACACCCGACGGAAGAUACAUCAUUUCAUCGGAAACAGGUAAAUUUCUCAUUUGGAACAGAGUUUCGGAGCAGGUUAUCUAUAGGGACGACCAGCCGGGCAUCCAGCAAAUCUCAUUCAUGGACUUUGGCUACAAGGUCAUGACUGUUUCCUGUCCCAAUCUCAAUCAGAGAGACCCCAAGGAAGGCGAUGAGGGCAAUCGUUUGAUGGCCAUCACCACAGUUAGAUCUGUACCUGAGGGAACUGUCCUGUUUCGAUUCGAGUUUCCCAUACGAAUGGUGCCAGGUUUGCCAUUUCGGCAGUCGGUGAUUUCUGCUGACGGUGCCUACAUCAUAGUUUGCUCAGUUGAUAAGUCCAACAAGGACUGCAUUGCCGUGUACAGUGCCACCAAUGGCUCGUUCAUAUCGAAAGUACUGCUAAAGGGUUGUGGUGUAAAGGAAAUCAUAUCCCUGGUCCCAAUGCCGCAUAAAGCGACCCAGGUGGCGGUGAUAAGCAGUGAAAAGGGCAACAUAUUCGACAUCAAAAGUAAGAAGAAUCUGCGAGCCAUUCCCAAAUGGGGUGGCAGCAUCACCAAGGAUGGCAAAUGUGGUCUGUAUGCGCCCACACGGGGCGGCCUAGAAAUGCUGGAAUUGCGAAAGGGCACCACCGUCAAGACAUACAUACCCAAAGUGGCCGAGGGCGUGUUCUCCGUCAUAUGUAUUUUCACCGAAAACGAUGAGUAUGUGUGCUACUAUCACAGUGGCCGCAAGACUAUCCGAGUCUUUCGAACGUCCGACACUGAGCUUAUUGCCAACUACAGAAUGCAGGCGGAGCUUACCGCUAUAAAGAGCACCAAAGACGGACGGUGUCUUGUCCUGGGUACGGUUGAUGGAUGCCUCUCUACGUUGGCUAUUUGUGACCCCAACAAAGAGGGCAUGGUUGAAUGGCUCAAUGCCUUGCCAUCGAGGGAUGAGAAUUGGAAAGCAAAGCUGGCCAAAAUGAAGGCAAAGGUUGGAUUCAAGGCUGCCAUUCGAGUGGCCACCAUAUCGUCGAGAUUUGAUACCCAAAAGACAAAACCGAAAGAAUUGAAGGAAAAUGCCGAAGAAGCAGAAAAUGCAGAUUCCGCUGAGGAGGCCGAAACUUAGUUCUAUACUCCAAAUUGUUAUUGUUGAGCCUAUUCCAAAACAAAAUAAAACUCUUUUUUCCUCUUGUUGUAAAAUCUAUUAUAAAAAAUGCUUAAAAAACAAACAGCAAAUGAAGCAGCAUUAAAAUCCGUCUUUGAGACAUUUCCAUA